AUGAGCAAUGACUUGCCACAGGACAUUCGGAGAAUUAUUGCUGCUCAAAGUGAGGUGAACUUGCCUCGGUCUAUUACUCUUCCUGUUCUACCCAAGAUUGGCCAUGUAGCCGGCAAUAAAGGUUCAACUGAAGAUGAAAGCGAACGCAUGAAACAAAGUACAUCUAACUCUUUGGAGCCGACUCCAGCCCAGAAAUUACCUCGUCUGCUCGAAGCAGACAAGAUGCAUCUGGUUGAACCCCGACGCACUGCUCCAAUUCUCCAUCCGAGGUCACGUGGAGAUGAUUUCAAAUUCAAUUACUCAUUCAUUCCAAACCACGAAACUCUUCAACACCCUUAUUCGACUACUCGUGAAAGUGUUGACAGCCCUCUCACUCCCAACAAUUUUCUUGGACCUUCCCGUUUCGAUAAAACCUUCGUUAUUCGUGAAGAAACACCACUACCAUCAAGUGAUUCUAUUUCGCUGCUUGAUCUGAAACUUGCUUCCAUACCACAUUCGCUUCCAGAUAUGCUGGGACUUCAAAAUGCUGUCGACAACCUUAGCAACAGAAGAGUUGCAAAUAUUCUUGAAGCGUGCAGGUUGUACGAUCGCGAACUUCGCGGUUACCUCUGCGUACCAUCCCUAAUCAAAUGUUUUGGAGAAAUCAUUCCGAGUGUCCAUUCCCCUUCGUCACCAUGGCGGUUGUUUUUGCAGUCGUUGGCACCUGAUGGAGAGUUCGUAGAGUACGAAAAACUGAUUCAGUUAGUGCAGAGGCAUAGACACGAUGUGAACAUCGAAGAAACAAUUUCCGAUCUCUUGGUUUCCACUCAUGGGGAGGAAUCGUUGCCGCUGAGGGCGAGCAGUGGGCAGGAGAAUCGCCAAAGGACCCGAGCUCAGUGUCAGGUGAUGACCGAAAUCGAAGUGGUGAUGACGCGAAAUCCCGGGCUUUCUUUGGAAAGACUGCAAACGGCCACUUCCAAGCAGAAAAUCGAGCUGUGUGAGUUCAAAAUGCUCCUCGAAAUGUACGGCUUCGACUCACACUUUCAGCCAUUCUAUCAGCCUCUCGUCUCAAGUUUCCUUACCCAUGACAAUAAAUUUCAUUUCUCUGCAUUUGCUGGGUGUCUUUCAUUGGUGAGGCCUUCAUUGCGUCAGUCUACAUCCGCUGCCUCAUCCACUCCACUGUGGAACAAGCCGCCACUUGAAUCAAUUGGUAGAAAGAUGACGAAAAGUGGUAAAAAACAGACACAAGCAGACCUGUCGUCGCCUAGUGCUUUCAACCAGUAG